CCCGGCUGUGAUCACUGAGUCUGUACAUUGUCAGUAUCUUUCUCAGUUUCUGACCCAUCACUGCAGUCAGAUAGUUUGCCAUCACGUACUGUCUGUUUAGGGCCAAAUAGCAUUAAAGUUUGCUUUGGGUUUUUGUGGUAGAUGUCCAAUAGUUUAUGUAGUUUUCUUUUUCUUUAGCAAUAAUCUGUGACUGGAACCAUCUUCUUCUUUUUUUCGUCUGUUCCCUUUAGGGGUUGCCACAGCGAAUCAUCUGCCUCCAUCUAAGCCUAUCCUCUGCAUCCUCUUCUCUCACACCAACUGACUUCAUGUCCUCUUUCACUACAUCCAUAAAUCUCCUCUUUGGUCUUCCUCUAGGCCUCUCGCCUGGCAGUUCCCACCUCAGCAUCCUUCUACCGAUACUAUGACUGAAACCGUGAGCUUGGUAAUUGCAAAGGCCAUUGCUGUUCAAAUCAGUAUUCUUGUAGCCUGUGCAAGAGUCACUGGGACAACACAGAUAGAUAGAUAGAUAGAUAGAUAGGUAACUUUAUUGUCUCAGUGGAAAUUUGUCUUUGGCUAAUUUGAACUGAAGAAGCUUCUUGGAUGAAAGGUGAAAGGUCUUCAAGAAACGCAAAUCCAGUUGCCUACGCUAGUGGUUUCUUAAAGUGUAAGCUCAUACAGUUUAAUAUGGGAGUAAGUGAUGGGAGGCCUGUUUGUGUUAAACAUGUUAUUGUAAGAUAACCAGAGUACUUAAAUUCACCACAAUGAUUGCAAGAGUCCUAAAUUGUUCCCUGAUGACAUUAGGUUUGGAGAAGAGGAUUGGAAAAGUGAUUAUUUAGUAGGGUGGUGUCAUGACAUACUUUCAGUUCAACAAACUGCCUUGAUAAUUUGCUCUUUUCAAAUUAUUCAUAGGCUUUAUUUGUAUCUUUGGAAAUGAUUAUUGUAAAAAGAUGAAGACUCUGUGAAUUAAUUAUCCUGUCCAGGAGCCUUUGUGUCCAUUUCCUGUGGCUAAUUUCCGUGUCAGUGCGGUGAGCCACAUCCAAACAGGCUCAGUUUCAGCCCUCUGCCCUGAUCUGCGGCUCCGUUUUGUCAGCCUGGUGAAAAGACACCAGUUUUGAAUAAUGGAUGACUUGACGUUACCGACGAGAUAGCUUUAACAGUCGGUAACCUCACACCGAGCCUGAGAUCGAUUUGCGCCCACAUCUUCGAGGAUAAAAUGGAGAAGCACUCAACCGGUGGAGGAGACAAGACCGAGCCGGCUUCGCCUUUGAGGAAAACUAGUCAUCAAGACACCUGCGCAGCUAACUCCCACAGCUCCCGGGAGGACACCUGUGCUACUACUGAUGUCGCCAGGGCUAGGUGGACUCUGCUGAGACAGGUGUUGCGUCAGAAGCAGAUGGAUGCUCCAGAGGUCAAACAGGUGUCUGUUCGCAGGUUCGCAACGUUUGACCUUUUCAGCAGGAAAAGGCAUCUGACACAAGACCCCAGUGAUACCUCUGAUGACCAGUGGGUGGAGUACAGAAGUGUCUACUUUCCUGAGUACAGUGCCUUUCUCAGGGAUGACCUGGGGCCUAUCAGAGUUAAUGAAGUGCUCAACAGUUUCGACAACACCGGUAAUGUCUGUGUGUGGCCGUCUGAAGAGGUGAUGGCUCAUUACUGCCUGCAGAAACGCCACAUGUUCAAGGGUGCAGUGUGUGAGUUAGGAGGAGGUAUGACUUGUCUUGCUGGGCUCAUGGUUGCCAUUUGUGCUGACGUGAAGGAAGUUCUGCUAUCAGAUGGGAACGAGAAGUCCAUUCAGAAUGUACGAAAGCUGGCCGAGAGAAACAGGCAAGCUGGAAAGUUUGGGUCGACGCAGGUAUCUGCCAGGGUGGUGAGGUGGGACUGCGAGUCAGACAUUUCGGCGCUCGAGGGUCACUUUGACAUUGUCAUGUGUGCAGACUGUUUGUUCCUCGACCAGUACAGAGCUAGCCUGGUUGAUGCUAUAAGGAGAUUACUGCAACCCAACGGCACGGCGUUGGUGUUUGCUCCACAGCGAGGUGAAACUCUGAGACUGUUUUGUCAACUGGCCCAGCAGGCCGGACUCUGCGCCGCUCAACACCAGCAGUACGAUGCUCAGGUCUGGGAUGUUCACUUAAAGAUGCUGACAGAAGGAAAAGACGCAUACGAUGAGAACAUCCACUACCCUCUCCUCAUCACCUUGACCAAAGGACCUCAACCUGUCAGCCACAUUCACUAAACCAAAACAAAUGAGCCCUCCGCUCCACACAGUACCACUCCACAUGCUUCUGGAUAUGUGAGACGGAACGAUGCUACAGAGUCAUGUCAACAAUGUGAACCACAAGCGAUCACAAGUGAGGAGGAAGAAUUGCACUGAAAGAGCAGUAUUAGAAAACAGUAGGGUGCAUUUGUCUCAGUGUCAAGUGCUUAGUUGCAGAAAGCAAAUCAAGCUGUGGUCAUAUCUGAGAUAUUUUUCAUAUUAAUACUGGCCACUGAGAGGAUUUAUUAUCAGAUGAUGCAUGGCUUUGGACAAUAUUUGAGCGUGCAUGUUUUGUAGUGGAGUGUUGAAGAACGUCUCAUUUCCAAAGCAGUGGGGAUACUUUCGCUGUGGCUGAGGAGGAAGAAAAGGAGAGGCGGAUCUACUCCACCCUAGUAUGUUUCAACCAUCUGCCAUAUGCCAAAUAACUAAUGUCAGCCUCCACAAUAUCACCCGGCCCUUUAAUCAGUUGGCCUGUCACUCUGUUGACCAAUCACUGCUCGGAUCAGCUAAUCACUCAUCCCUUAAGUUAAUCAGCCAUCCAGGAAAGUGAGCCACGUUGCCAAACAGUCAUCUGACCAGCCAGACAAGUAACCAGUCCAUUCAGUUACCUAAUGUGGUGGUUAAUCAGCCAGUAAUCCAUUCAUCAUUCCAGCCAACAAUUCAGCCACAUGUGUAGUCAGUUAACAGGUCAGUCAUUAACGUGGACAUUUCCUCCAUCAGUCCUACUGUAGCUGUCAAUUAUUCAGUCAGUUGGCCCUCUUUAACCAGUCAGUAUUAACCUAUGCCACUGUGUUUCUGGCCCCAGCAUGGAGGCCAGCUCUAAUUCAUUAACCAUCGCAGACUGUGGAGCAGCUCACAGUUUCCUGUAUUUCUCUUUGUUCCCUUCUACCCCCGCUUUAAUUUCUUCUAAUAUAACUCAUUCAUCCCAGUCAGAGGUCAGUAUUAAGAACAUUUUGUGCAUUACUUACAACAGUACAUUAACAUAUUAAGGCGCGUUCAGACGAAGGAGCAACUGUUGCUGCCCAAGAGCUACAGCUCGCAUACUCAUUUGGGCUGAGCAACAUAUCAGUAUCAUGAUUCAUGUCAUCUUAGAUUCUGGAUAUCAUAAGUGUUGUCUUUCUGGCUUUAAAGGCUGCAUUGCAGUAAAGUGAUGUAAUUUUCUGAACUUACCAGACUGUUCUAGCUGUUGUAUUAUUUGCCUUUAUCCACUCAGCCAGUAUAUCCACAUUACUGAGGAUUAUUUAUCAAAAAUCUCAGCAUGUAAAUAUUUUGCGAAAGCACCACGAGUCAACACGACAAUAUCGUCGCAAUCUUGAUAGAUGUAUUUUGUAAAACAUGUCGAAAUAUUUGAUUUUCUCCAUAUCGCCCAGCCCUAGUACACAGCAACAUCACAUCCUGCUUUACUACUAAUUUGUUAAAGUUUUAAACCGCCACAGAUCAAAGUCCAUGCCGUCAUGACCCCUCCAGGUUGCACUGACAGCAGUUGAUAUCAAACAUAUUUGGUAAGGGAAAUGGGACUCACCAGCUGAAGCCUGACUCGUUCACAAACAUUCAGCAGGUCCUGCGGCAGCUGCUCAGCGCUCCUCGUCUGAACCCACCUUCAGGAAGUGAGUCUAAAGAGAGACAGAGAGAGAGAACACAUGCACAUCAGUGUGAUGACUCCUACUAAUGGCAUUUAUUGACACGUGACCCCAAUACUGUGCAAUAGAUUUGUUGUUGUUUUUUAAAUGUGUGAUACACUGUGUGGAACAGGAUUUAUUUGCAUAUUUUCUUUCCUUGUUUUUUUUUUAUAAUGCAGCCCUCUUGAAAAUCUCGUACCCCCCAUGUCCACUGGGUGCAGACAAUCUACUGCCGAAGUUCAUGAUUGGCAGGUCUAUGAUGAGCUACAUUCACUUUUGAAUGUAUGUAAUGCCUAUGAAUUUAAAACUGCAUUCACUUCUUUACAAAUAUACAGCAAAACUAUAUCACCUGUUUAUGUAAUUUCUCUGAUAAAAAGGGAAGGAAUGUCACAGUUUUCCUCUGCUAAUUUAAACUACAAAACAAAGUAUCUGUGAUCAUAAACGAGCUGCAGACAUGUUUUCAGUAUGCAUGAAAAACACAAAGUGUCUGCAAACAAAACACACUUGAAUAGAAACCAGACGCAGCCACAUCCAGUGGACAUAUGGGGUUAAAAUAGGAUUAAAUAUUGAUAAACUAUGUGCAACCAUAGUUCUUCAAUCUCACCAAGAGCAGAAACCUUCACACAUUUCAGACCAAUUGCUCCUUCAUGUUCUGUUGGCAUUCUUUUCUAUCAGCACAACUAACUGUUUUACUCAGGUCUUUUUCCAUGCAUUUAUCAGUUUCUUGUUUCUUGUGGUAUUAAAAAAAAAAACGCCAAGUGUCAGAGGAUCACCUGAGCCUAAAGUUGUACCUAUCACUAGUAAAGUGUUUCCAUAUUUCACUGUGAUCCAUUGCUGUAUACAACAGCCAAGAAGCUAUGCAGUAUCUCUCAGUGGCUGCUGUUUACAUUCCUCAUGUUGAAAAAAACAUAAUCCACCUUCAGAAAUGAGCGGUAUUCCCUGUGUGUAACUACUCAGAAAAGUAAAUUAAGCUAGUUUUAUCAGUGGUCUCAAUGCUUUGAGGGCUUAAAUUGCAUUGCAAAAAACGUUCCCAUUGCAAAGGUUUAGAAGUGUGUUUAAUUACAUUUUUAUCUGUAAUGCAGUUUGCUGUAUACCUUUGAUAUUUGUAGGCUAGCGCAUAAAUACCAUCCCAACUGUGACUGUGUGUAGUGACUUCAUCACUGUCUGCUGUGACAUCACCACCACUGACUGUGGUGUUUUGCAACACUUUGGCAUCAGGUGCCACGGUUUACUGUUGCUGCUUCUUGCAACAUCACUGCCUCUAUCUCCACCUGGUACACAAACAAUCUGCUGUGAUCAGUGCUUGUAUAGGGCCAGUAUUCGCUGGCAUGCAGUACCAGAACUUCCACGUUUACUCUUGGGUGUGACAUGACUUUUUCUUUCGCACCGGCACAUCUCACAAGCUGCUGGUAGUCUUUUUCUGCCCUCUCCAUAUCAGGUUCUCUGGGAGAUUCAGAAUGGCCUUAAAUGAACUGCAUUACCCAGAGGGCACUGGAGGCACUACGGGAUGCUCACCUGUCAGCUAGUCUAAGUACCGUUACAUGACAAUAACGUUGCCCUGGCUGCAAAAGCGUAGCACAAAAACAACACAAACAGAAGAAGACAGCAGGCCGAGAGCAGCAAGCUCACAUUAGCAGCGAAGAGCCCAUUGGUGUAUUGGUAAACGUUAUCAUCAGUAAAACCACCUGUGUCUGUCGUCACCAUUAGUGAUGAGACGACCAGAUCACCUAGAAAAUUAAGUAAAGGUUCAUGUCGUUCACCUGCCACGAGCAAACCAACCCAUGAAACACCGAUCCCUCACACGCCAACAUGUGAAUAAGUACUGGCACUUUUUUUCCCAUUUCGAGCACUGGCGGUGAUGUCACAUUUCACACAGUGAUGCCGUCACUUGUUGUUGUGAUAUUAGUGUUGUGUGCUAGGACACUUCUCACUGUGACAUCACCAGACAUUUAACAAAUCCCUGGUGGUCAGUGUCACACACUGGCUCAGGGAAUGUGAGAAAGCGGGAGUUCACGCAAGAGGUUUACGCAGAGGAAUACUUCACCCCAUGAUGACCAUUUGUGUAUCAGUUACUCACCCUGUGUUACAUUUGAUUUGUUUAGGAAAACAUGCAUUUUCACUAAAACUGUUAAUGUAUGUGUGAGACCGUUUAUACAGAAGUGAUUUAAAUAUUGCAGUUUGAGUGAAAAUUCUUUACAUGCAUUGAUAAACAAAUGAUAAUGUGUGGGGUGAAGUGUUCUAUUAAAACAAGCAAUUUAUUAAACUAUGGUGAACAAGACAAUAAGGAUGGAGUGAGUAGAUCAACAACGAAAGCAGCGAAUGUGUUUCCAUGUGCCUGUCUGUGGCGGUGUUGAAGAUGCAAAACCAAAAGAAGAUUGCUCAGAGUGGAUGUUAGAUGUAGGAAGGGAGAGACAGAGUGAGCACAGGGGCCAGCAUUUAUAGCUAAAGGGCCCAGGUGCGCCUGAUCAGCUGACAACCCGCCCAUAUUAGCAGACUGCCUGCUACGUUUGGCCGGGACAGUGUUAUUCAGAGAAGGUCAUGUGCUGCAGCUGAGCAAACAU